CUACGCUUCUGGUUUAUCGGGAGCGUAGAGAUCCCUCUCUUUUCUCUCUCUCUCUCUAAAAUCCAAUCAUAUUCUUCGUCUGCUAAGGUUGUUUCUCACUCAAGAGAGAGGAGAGAGAGGAGACAGUUCUGGUGAGGUUUUCGCUUGGAAGUUGAACUUGCUGACAACUUAUGAAUGUUCUAAAACCAUUUUGGUAGAAGUUUCUGGUAUUUGUGUGACUUCUUUUUGGAGUUGCAUAAAACAUAUUCACCUUUUUGCUGCCAGGUUAUUGGUAAGUUCCGAUAUGGCAGUUGCAGGAGCUGGUAUAAGGUAUGCACCUGAGGACCCCACCCUCCCCAAACCAUGGAAAGGACUUGUUGAUGAUAAGACUGGUUAUCUGUAUUACUGGAACCCAGAGACCAAUAUAACCCAAUAUGAGAAACCUGUAGCCUCUUCAUUGCAUGCAAGCUCUGCAUCAUCUCACAAAGCUCUGAGUUCGUCCGUCCAAAAGCUCCCCCAGGGAUGUCUACAUGAGAACUAUGAUGACGAUAGAUAUAAUAAAGAUGGCAUGAAUGGAUCAGCAAAGACCGCCAGAAGCAGACCAGAUUAUUCUCCCACUGAUGCAGAUUUCAGAAGCAGUCAUGGACAGGGAUCGUAUGUUUCUAAAGGUGUAGAAAGCGGUGUGUCGGCAGAGUCUUAUCGGCGGCGCCACGAGAUUUCUGUAACAGGAGAUAAUGUCCCUCCACCUUUCAGCUCAUUUGAAUCCACUGGUUUUCCUUCAGAGAUAUUAAGGGAGGUAUGGUGCGAUAUUUGCUCCUGGAGGAGUCAAAUGUCGUACGCUGUGGCCCUCCUGUGCAGGCUUGCAUGUUUUUGGAGCUCCCUUAUUGAUGGACCAAUUUAUGUGAGGGGGCUUUCCGAAUCAUCCAAGCUUGGGAGGGAAUUCUGUUGGUUGCCAUUCAGUGUGCCUCUUGGUCCGAAUAGAAGAAGAGCUGUACAGCAUGCUGGUUUUUCUGUUCCUACUCCAAUACAGGCGCAGUCAUGGCCAAUUGCUCUUCAAGGGCGUGAUAUAGUAGCCAUUGCUAAGACAGGAUCUGGCAAAACUUUGGGCUACUUAAUUCCUGGGUUCAUUCAUUUGAAACAAAGGCGUAAUAAUCCUAAAUUAGGCCCAACAGUUUUGGUGCUUUCUCCGACAAGGGAGCUUGCAACUCAGAUUCAAGAUGAAGCUGUUAAGUUUGGAAGAUCGUCUAAGAUAUCUUGCACGUGUUUAUAUGGAGGUGCCCCUAAAGGUCCUCAGUUGAGGGAUAUUGACAGAGGUGUAGAUGUGGUGGUUGCUACUCCUGGUAGAUUGAAUGACAUUCUGGAGAUGAGAAGAAUUAGCCUCCACCAAGUGUCGUAUUUGGUCUUGGACGAGGCAGAUAGGAUGCUGGACAUGGGGUUUGAACCUCAGAUCAGGAAAAUCGUGAAGCAGGUGCCUUCUCGAAGGCAGACCCUUAUGUACACUGCAACAUGGCCAAAGGAAGUGCGCAGAAUUGCUGCUGAUUUACUGGUUAACUCUGUUCAGGUUAACAUUGGAAAUGUCGAUGAGCUUGUUGCAAACAAGGCAAUAACUCAGUAUGUUGAAGUUUUGCCACCCAUGGACAAGAGGAGACGCCUGGAACAGAUACUGAGAUCUCAAGAAGCAGGAUCAAAGGUUAUUAUUUUCUGCUCCACAAAGAAAAUGUGUGAUCAGCUUGCUGGCAACUUAACUCGGCAGUUCGGAGCCGUUGCUAUUCACGGGGACAAAUCUCAGGGCGAGAGAGACUACGUUUUGAAUCAAUUUCGCACUGGAAGGGCCCCAAUACUGGUAGCCACUGAUGUGGCAGCUCGUGGUCUCGACAUUAAGGAUAUAAGGGUUGUCAUAAAUUUCGACUUCCCGACUGGAAUCGAGGAUUACGUGCACAGGAUAGGAAGAACUGGGCGUGCGGGAGCUACUGGAGUUUCCUACACUUUCCUUUGUGAUCAAGACUCGAAACAUGCAGCAGAACUUGUGAAGCUUUUGGAGGGAGCCAAUCAGCGUGUCCCCAAUGAGGUCCGUGAUAUGGCUUCUCGUGGACGAGCAAAACACCACAUCGCCGGAGGUCGUGGGAGGGCCGGUGGCGGCAGACACGGUUAUGUUGUUCCAAGCGGGCACGAAACAAGUGCGAACGGAAGCUUUGGUAAUAAUAAGAGCUUUCACGAGAGCAUGAAUUCUGCUGCUGCCAGGAAAAGAGGCAGGAGUAGAAGCCGAAGCCGAAGUCCCGAGAGAUUUAUUUCCACACGAAGGGAUCUUUAUGAUUCUAUCCCGGGCCGGGCCCGAUCACCAUCGUCUAGGAGUGGACGGGCUUCACAUCAUGAUAACUACAGUAAAAAGGAUAACUACCUUGACAAGAAAGGACUGCUGCAUAAUGAAGAUCGAGAAGAGGGCAUGAUAAAAAAGGAUAAUGGUUGGCUAGGUUGAAGGAUAUAUAUUACAUUACAUAUAAAUAUCAUUUACUUUGCCUUAUGUGUUGUAGCAUUCUGACUGUGGGGUUAUUAUGUUUUUUCAUGAUANAAAAAAAAAAAAAGAAAAAAAA